AUGGAAUUUCAGGAUAGAGAUUAUAAGUAGAUUAAUUAGGAUGUUGAUUAUAUUAUUAAUAUUUACUUCUUUGAAUCAUAGCACAAGUCUUAAUUUCCUCAGCAAUACAUAGCUUCAGUGAAUAUCCUACUCUCUAAAAAUAGUCAUAAUAUCGACCUAAUUAGAAUCAUAUCCUUCUACUCCAAAUCAGAUGCGAAUGUAACUAGUUGGUGCUGUCUGAUAGAAAUACAAUUUUUUAAAAUAGAGAAAAAGAGCCCUAAAAAAUAAUAAGUAUUUUCAAGAAGAUUUUGAA